UUCUCUCUUCAAGAUGGCGUCAGCGAGCAGUGGGGGAGGCCAGGUGUCUAGGGGUCGUUAUCUCAACAGUGUCCCUGAUGUGGCGGAGACCCUGGGGGCUGUUGCUAAACAGGGCUUUGACUUCCUAUGUAUGCCAAUAUUCCACCCACGCUUCAAGAGAGAGUUCCAUCAGGAGCCCGCUAAGUCUCGAUCUGGACCACAGACUCGCUCCGAUCUGCUCCUUUCUGGAAGAGACUGGAACACACUUAUUGUGGGGAAGCUUUCAGAAUGGAUAAAAGCAGAUUCACAAAUACCAUCAAUGCGUAAAACAUCAGAAGCGGCUCUGCUACAGGAGUUAAAUUUCUCCGCUUAUCUCGGCCUUCCUGCUUUUCUGAUUCCGCUCGCAACAGAGCAAAACAGCAACUUGGCUCGGCUCCUGCUAAAUCACAUUCACACUGGCCACCAUUCCACCAUGUUCUGGAUAAGAGUACCACUAAUGGCUUCCAAUGAUCUGCGAGAAGACCUGAUAGAAAACGAGCCAGCACAUGAUUGUGAUAGUGAAGAUAAGGCUGGGGAAGAAAGGACUUGGAUUUGGUGGCAUAAUUUUAGGACACUGUGAUUACAACAAGAAAAUUGCUUUGGCUAUUGAAGUGGGCGCUGAUCUGCCAGGUAUUAAUGUGAUAGAUCGGUGGUUGGGCGAACCCAUCAAGGCAGCCAUACUUCCAACCAGCAUAUUCCUCACUAAGAAAGGAUUCCCUGUCCUAUCCAAAGUACACCAGCGACUCAUCUUCCGGCUGUUUAAGCUGGAGGUGCAGUUUGUGAUUUCUGGGUCAUAUCAUCACUCUGAAAAAGAUUUCAGUUCGUACUUACAAUAUCUUGAGUAUUUAAGUCAGAAUCGUCCGCCUCCAAAUGCGUAUGAGAUGUUCGCCAAAGGAUAUGAGGACUACUUACAGUCUCCACUCCAGCCGCUCAUGGAUAACUUAGAAUCUCAAACUUAUGAAGUUUUUGAGAAGGAUCCCGUGAAAUAUUCACAAUACCAACAGGCGGUGUAUAAAUGUCUGUUGGACAGAGUUCAAGAGGAAGAAAAGGAAACUAACACACAGAUUUUGAUGGUUCUUGGAGCAGGUCGGGGGCCUCUGGUGAAUGCAUCAAUUCGAGCUGCCAAGCAAGCCGAGCGCUUGAUUAAAGUAUAUGCAGUGGAGAAAAACCCUAAUGCCGUAAUUACGUUGGAAGGGUGGCAUUAAGAAGAGUGGGGCAGUUAGGUGACGGUGGUGUCCAGUGAUAUGAGAGAAUGGAACCCUCCCGAGAAAGCGGAUAUCAUUGUUAGUGAGCUCUUAGGGUCUUUUGGAGACAACGAACUCUCCCCUGAGUGCCUCGAUGGAGCUCAGCACUUUCUUAAAGAGGG